AUGGCUGGUCUGCAGAAACUGCGCCAGUUGCUGCGGCGGCAGCAGAAAGCUCUUUGGUCCCGACGCAAGUUGACUCGGUCCCUGCAAUGUACACCGAGAGCAGCAACUGACAGCAGCAGCAGCAGCAGGAGCUCUAGAGGAGCCCAGCUGAUCACCUCUGGAGCAAAUGGGCUUGUUGCGGCGGCAAAUCCAGCACCGAUAGCUUCAGCCACAGCAGAAACAUUCGCGGCAGCAGGGGCAGCAGCAGAAAAUAUUUCGAAUAAGCAGCAAGAUAGAGUCGUUGUGCGUCUUUCUCUUGGGUCGUUCGCGGGCUCUUCCCUUUCGAAAAGCCCACGUGCCGCCUCUGCCGAGGCUCAGGACCCCGUGAGACAGGAGGAGCUGCAGCGGAAGCAAUUCCAAAAGCAGCCGGCGCCGCAGCAACAGACAGAGCCCAGGAGAAGGAACUCAAUUGCGCAAUCUCUCAAAGCCCGAGCAGAUGCUUAUCGCGGUCAACAGCAACAGCAACAGCAAGAUGGAGUCCCCCUAACUCCCAAGGGUAGCAUAUUCAGGACAGCGAUUUCGCAGGGCUCUGGCAGCCCAACUCUCAGCAGUUUUGUGAGCAACAAUAGCAGCAGCAGAGCGGCAAUAGGCGCGGUGCAUUUGCCCCAAAAGGUGUUGGCGAAGCUGCCCCCAGAAGUUGACAAUCAAAAGGGCGGUAACAGCAGAGUUGAGCGACGAGUUGAACCCACCAGUGAGCUUUUUCCAAGCGAUUGCAUGAACCAAGACGAGGAGGGUGAUGAAAGAGAAAUAGAGCUGUUGCUGGCAUCGGAAGAGGCCCAAUGUUCUUUUGACAAUUGGGGGGUGUCCCCUAUGCAGUGA